CCUAUUCUCUUUUGUUUUUUAUUCUUCCUUCGUUUUUAUUUUGCAUGGCGGCUUCUCUGUUUCCUCCUUCUUGCUUCGUCGACGAAUAACUUCUGCUUCCGCUUCCUCGUUCGAUUGAUUUUGAAGACUGUCUGAGUUUUAGUGCUUGAGGAUGGCGGAUUCAGGUUGGGAUCCGAGGCAGAUGUUUGAUCGUUACCUUUAUGAUUAUUUGUUGAGAAAGAAAAUGCAUACGACAGCCCGGAUAUUCAAGGAAGAGGCAAAAGUUUCCGAUGACCGUCUUGGGAUUAAUUCGCCUGAGGGUUUCUUAUGGGAAUGGUGGUCUUUCUUUUAUGAUGUGUACUCCUCUAGAGAUCAGAAGGAUCAUGUGGCUAAUAAACAACCUUCGGUUGAGCUAUUUGAGAUGAAUAGGAAAAUGGUUGUUCAGCUACCUUAUGAUGUUGAUUUUGCAAACAUGGUGGGAGGGCCACAUGCUAGCAUGUUGGCAAAAAUGUACGAGGAGGACCAUAUUGGACAUCCUUCUUCCAAAAUUUUGGACCCUCGAAUACAGAUGGUCAAUGGCAAACCAACGGUCAAAGUUCCAGGCCAUCCACGGCAACAAAUUCAUGCAGAGAAUCAACAGCGAGUUACAGUAAGAGAUAAUAGGCAGCGAAUUAAUGUGAACAAGUCAAUUCCCUUGGAGUCAACACCUCAUGGUGUACCAAAGGCUAUGCUCCCAAGAACUGGACCUCAUGACACAGUGUUGAAGAAAAGGUCCUGCCCACUACCAUUGGAUGGCCGACCUUUAACUGGAAUUGACCAAAUCCCGCCAGGAUUGGGAAAGCAAGUACUAAAGUCAGUUCCACAUAUGCCGAUCCAACAGCAAUGCUUUCAGAUGUUGAGAGCCCAAAGUCAACAAGAGCUCGUAGCUCAAGCACUGCAACACACACCACAGAACCUGAUGUCUUCUUUUUCUGGGAACUUUGCUGAUAUGGAUCCUCAAACUUUGAUGCUUCUCAAGGUUGGAUUAAAUAGGAAUGAUGGCCCGGGUACUGGUAACUUUGGUCUCCAACAUAUUGGUUCUUCUCCAGUUGAAGCAUUGUCUAGAAUGGGCAAAACAGCACCAACAACUGAGAGUGGCAGAAAGAAGAAGGGCAGAUCAGGUUGUCAGGCUGAAGAUGUUACUGCAGCAGGAUACCCUGCUGGUUCUGCAGAAUCUGUGCUGCCAAUUUAUGUUAACAUGGAGCGUGAAGCUUUGUCACAUAGUGAUAGAGCAUCUGAAAAGCAAAACAUACGUGGUUCCAACAAAAGUGGGCUGGUUGAAGCCUUUGAAAAGAUGGGUGCUAUGGAUGGUCAGGAUGAUGCUUCUUCAGAUACUUAUGUAGAAUCUUUUCUCUCAUAUGAUAAUGAGACUGAGGACAUGAAGAAUGAUCCUUUCAGCACUUUGCAACGAAGUUCCACAACUUGUGGGAAGAAUGCCCCAAAAGGCUUUUCAUUUGAAGAGGUUGGUUGCCUUAGUUCAAGCAAUAGCAAGGUUCUGUGCUGCCAUUUCUCAUCAGAUGGAAAGUUUUUAGCUAGUGCCGGGCAUGAUAAGAAGGUUGUAAUUUGGAACAUGGAUACUUUUGAGUCCAAAAGAAGUUCAGAAGAUCAUUCUCUUCUGAUUACAGAUGUUCGAUUUAAACCAAAUUCAAAUCUUCUUGCAACAUCUUCUUUUGAUAAAACAAUUCAAAUUUGGGAUGCGUCUGAUACAAUCCAUCCAAUUCACAAACUUACUGGACACACGGAACAAGUGAUGUCAUUAGAUUUCCAUCCGGAGAAGGUAGACCUUCUGUGCUCAUGUGAUGGUAAUAAUGAAAUUUUGUUCUGGAACGUGAAGUGCCAAACAUGCAAACACAUCUCCAAGGGUGGUACAACACAAGUCAGAUUCCAGCCACAAGUUGGGCGGCUUCUGGCUGCUGCUGCAGGGAAUAUGAUCAAUAUACUAGAUGUUGAGACUGACAGCCUUCAGUUUAAGUUGCAGGGACAUGUCAAUGAAGUUUACUCAAUUUGCUGGGAUACAAGUGGGAAAUAUAUUGCUUCUGUUAGCAAAGAUUGUGUAUGUUUGUGGUCAACUGCAUUGGGUGGAGAAUGUAUUCACAAACUGUGUUCCAAUGGCAACAAAUUCCAAUCUUGUGCAUUCCAUCCUGGGUAUUCUAUGCUUCUAGUUGUUGGGGGUUACAAGCUUUUGGAGUUGUGGUAUUCCAUGGAGAGUUGUAAAACAAUGACAGUUCCAGCGCAUGAUGGGUUGAUUGCUGCCUUGGCAAAUUCACCAUGUAAUGAAAUGGUUGCCUCUGCGAGUCAUGACCAGUAUGUGAAAUUAUGGAAAUGACAAUUAGGUUUCCCCACUCUUAUAAUUCCUUUCUCCUUUAUAUGGAUGGCAAUAUUGAGUUGCCAUCUUUUUCCAAUUAGUCAGAAACCUUUCAUCAACUCAAAGCUACUUAGUCUAUAAAUCCCAUUCUAACAGUCGUAGUCAGCAGAAACUAAUAAAACGAAUGUGUAUAUGUUGGAAAAAGAGAAGGGUAAUUAUUCUUAAUUUACAAAUCAAAUAGAUGUGCAUAUUUGAGCAAAUGUACUAUGCUCUUUUUUAUGACCUUGAUAGCUUUUACAUAAGUGAGCAUGGAUCAAAACUUAAGCCUAGUAUUGGAAUCUGGAGUUGAUGCAUA